AUGGAUGCCAUUAAGUAUAUAGAGAACCGAAAUAAAUCAUUAAAUGACACCAAAACUAGUUCAGAACUGCCAGUAUUGGAGGCACUGGAGUUCUGGCCCUAUCAGGUCAUACUUAUUGUCAUCUACUCGACCACUGCCUUCAUAUCAUUGACCAGUAAUUUGGUUACAAUUGUUGUCCUAUUAAAAGGCGAUCGCAUUUCAUCAGAGCUGUGGAAAUAUUUGAUUAAUUUAUCGGUGUCUGACAUAGUGUUGUCCCUCCUGUCCAUACCAUUUACAUACACAAGCUUUAUGUUGAAUCACUGGAUCUUUUCCACACAGUUGUGUCCUAUCGUCAACUUUGCUCAAACUUGCUCUGUAUUUGUAAGUGUUUGGACUCUCACUGUCAUUGGUAUCGAUAGAUAUAACGCUAUAAUACAUCCACUUCGGGAGGCGUCAACUAUUAGCGAAUGGCUUCGUAAUAAUAAGUGGUUUCUCAUAUCAUUGUUGUGGUUGACCGGUAUGUUAGUGGGCGGCGCCCAACUGUUGUACUCCCGGGCCGUUCCUUUUAUUUAUGGCGAUCAGCUUAUGUACGACUGUCGUGAAGUAUGGGACGAUAACUGGGGUCGUAGUUAUACUGUAAUAGUAUUUGUGACCACAUUUGCUUUGCCGCUAUCAAUACUAGUGUUUGUCUACUCGUCUAUCGCUUUCCAUAUCUGGCGUCACGUAAUUCCCGGUAAUUCAGACAAACAAAGAGAUGACACCCAACGGAAUCGUAAAGAUAAGAUUUUGCAGACAUAG